AUGGUAUUGGUGCAGCGCGCAAAGCCACUGAAAAUGGUACAGCUCUACUUCACAGUACUGUUUUGCCUGCUGUCAUCGGCACUGUGCGCCGACUGGAGUGCCAGCUGCCCGCUCAACUGCAGCUGCAAAUGGUCUAACGGCAAAAAGUCGGCUAUCUGCAAUGGGGCCGACUUUACCGCGGUACCGUCGAACCUGUCGACCGAGAUACAGGUGCUGGUGCUGAACGACAACAACAUACCGUACCUAAACCGGGAAGAGUUCACCUCGCUCGGGCUGGUGAACCUGCAGAAGAUACAUCUGAAGCAUUCGCACGUGAAAUACCUGCACCGGGAGGCGUUCAAAAACCUCAAGAUACUGGUGGAGGUGGAUCUGAGCGAGAACGAGAUCGAAACGCUGGACAAGCAAACGUUUGCGGGCAACAAUCGGCUGCGCAUCAUCAACCUGUACGAUAAUCCGAUCAAGAUGCUGGUGGCGGAACAGUUCCCGGUGCUGCCGUAUCUGCGUAACAUUGACCUGCACAGCUGCCAGCUGCGGUACGUGGCGGAGACGGCAUUUUCCAACCUCGAUCUGCUCGAGUUUCUCGACCUGUCGAAGAACCGGCUCGAGAGCCUGCCGCACCAUGUGUUCAAUCACAUGAAGAACCUGAAAACACUGAUACUGGAGGAGAACUGGUGGAACUGUGACUGCCAUUUGCGGGACUUUCGCAACUGGUAUCUGAACAGCUCGCUGAACCGGCGCAGCCUGAUCUGUCAGCGUCCGUUUGCGCUCAAGGGCCUAUCCUGGGAGUACCUCGAGACGGAGCAGUUCGGCUGCAUGCCGAUGGUCGAGAUCUUUCGCGACGAGUACGAGAUCGAGGACCUCGGUACGAACAUCACGUACAAGUGUAUGGUGUCGGGCGACCCGGAACCGAACGUCCGGUGGGACGUGAACGGGAAGGAUGUCGACCAGGACAAUGCAAUUAUCGAGACGGAGCGGCACGUUGCGUUCGACGGUAGCGUGACGAUCUGGAGCAACCUCACGAUCCUGAACGUGACGAAUAACGAUUCCGGCUUCUACACCUGCACCGCCACGAACCGGAUUGGGUUGGCGAGCAAGAACUUCAGCCUGGUGCUGCCGGAGGUGGUGGAGCGUGUGAUUAUCAAGACGCCGGAAACGUUCUGGUACUUCGGGCUGAUACUCGGUAUAUUCGGCACCAUCUUCGGGCUGCUGUCGCUGUCGGUGGUGGUGUGUUUGGUGAAGCGCAAGCUGCGGAUGCGCCGGCGGCGGAAAACAAUCAAGAACAGCGUCAGCUUCAACGACCAGGAGAAGAAGCUGCUGGACCUGAGCAUCACCACCAACGAGCGGCAGGAGUUUAGUGCGAGCGACGUUGUGACGCCGUCGACCAAGACGGAUUCGACCAUCGCGAUGGAACCGGUGCAGAUCACGAUCGAGUCGAUCGCCACAUCGAAGCGUGAGGAGUAUCCACUGAAUGUGGGUGUGUUUCCGCCACCGCCCGAGUUCUGCACGCAGAUGAUCACGAACCCGACCAUCAGCAACAUCUACAUCUCCGUCUCGGUAACGCAGGAUCCGCUCGAGGGUGCGGAGGUGAACAUGUAUCCGGAUCUGCUCAAUAUCCCGAACCGUCACCAGAAGGGACCACCCAAAAUUUCGCCCGUAAGCGUGACGUCGUAUGCGACGUUGCCACGCAAGACGGCUACGGUUGGCGGUGGUCCGCGGUGUUCCAUCACCUCCGGGCACAGUUCCGGUUCCAGCUCGAGUGCCGGCACCGCCGCGCAGGUGUUGCUGUCGGGCGGUAAGCCGAAUGCCGGCGGUGUUGGUGCACCACCGUCGGCUGGAUCACCGCUGUCCUGUACGCCGAGCCUGCUGGCAACGGACAUUCCACUCACGGACGGCAUUGUCAAUUACGCGACCACCUCCCUGCGCGAUGACUCCGGCUGCGAGAUGUCUGCGUCGCCGGUGCCGUCCAUGUGUGCGGAAUGCAGCAAGGUGAUGAAAGCGACCAGUACGUCCACGUUUGCCGGUCCGGCAUCGUCCAAGUAUGCCGGCGCGUCCCGUACGCUGACCGGUGUCGGGGGUGACCUCGCCACGAUGGCGGGCAGCAUAAAGUGCGAGAAGCCAUUGGCCUGCCUGAAGUACGACAAUAUGGGCCGGCGGUAUACGGCCAGCGGCAACUCGACGCUCUCGCUGCCGGACGAGCUGAAGUCGACGACCGGACCGCCCGGGGUCGGUACGUUCGUCAUCAAGCAGCAGGAAAUCGAAACCAUCGUCGAGCAGGACGACCAUACGGUAAUGGACGAUGCCGCCCGGUUGGACGAACAGCUGGAAUCCUCGUCGUCCUCCUCGACCGGCGCACCGAUGGUUGCGAUCGGUGCACUAGCAGGACCACUUACCGAUACGCAUGACAGUGCGCAGGAGGCCGCCACCCAGCGGGGCCUGUUCGUUGUCGGCAGUAAUGAUUUUGUUUCGCUGUAG